UUUACGCAUGUAAGCAUGGACCAAUACAGAUGAGACUGGGACUGAGACUUGCAGUACUCUUUUUGCAUGUAAGCAUGGACCAAUACAGAUGGGACUGAGCCUUGCAGCACUCUUUAUACAUGUAAGCAUGGACCAAUACAGAUGAGACUGCGACUGAGCCUUGCAGUACUCUUUAUGCAUAUAAGCAUGGACCAAUACAGAUGAGACUGGGACUGAACCUUGCAGUACUCUUUGGCAGCUAAAGAGUUAACUUUGUAUGUAAUUAAAAAGGAUAUUUAUGAGCUGUUUCACUGGAGUAGAAUGUAGCUGUGUUUCCUAUGUCUGUGCACUGAGCCUGCGUUGUGCUGCCUGCAUCCCUGACCUGCAUUUGCAUCAGCCUGCCCCCUGCACACUGUGUUGUAGCUUCCCAAGCACACACACACGCAAGCUCCAGUCCAGCAAGCUAUCACUUUAAGAAAAACAAUGACCUGUGUGUGGGAGGAGGGGCUGCAUCCUGAGAAUCAGGUGCAUGUCUGAAGCGAUGAUGUCAUCCCUAUAAGCAGACCUGCCUUGGAGGGAAGAGGGAACGAACAUACAGAUGCUGGAACCAGUGCUUUGCCUAAGUGCAGGAUUGCUGAUGAGAGAAUGAGCAGGACAUGGCUCGGACUACAUGCAUUUGGUGUUCCUGUUAUCAUCUGGAAGAUGUCCCUUAAAAGGGUUAAACCCAGCUUUUUUUUGGAUUGUGAAGAAACAAUGUCAACUGCACUAGGUGUUAAUGAAAGACUGUGCUUCUAAAAUACCUACAGAACUAUGGAGAAAGAGCUGGGCUAAAUUGCACUAUAUUAACCUUUUAAUCUCAGUGAACUAACCCCGUCUAUUCAAUUGCCAAAAACUUAGAAGCUACAAGAAAAAAAAAAUAUCUAUCUAUAUAUAUUUAUUUAUUUUUUAAAUUAAACGUUUUUGUACAAAAUAUAUAUAAAAUAUUUUAUUUCGCCAUUUCCACUGAUUUCCUUUCCCCCUCUUUAUCCUCUACAUAUAGACAGUCUUCCUCAUUUUGUUUGGAAUUGUCAUUCUAUCUCAUAAAGACUGAGUAUAUAGCGUAGAGGUGAGGUUUUGGCAGAGCUCUGCUAAACAAUGCAGGAUACUAAUUAAAUGACGCAACCCUCUGUUUUUCCCCCUCACUUAUAAACUCCUCUCCAACAUCCUGAGAUUUUCAGUUAUUAAGAAACAAGGCUGGGAUACAAUUAUCAAGAUUUCCACCACUUUAAAGUAUUUUUAAGUUUGAAGAAAUUUCUAAAACAAAAUAGUAGCUUGUAAAGAUUCAUGCCAUAACCUGUACUUGUUAAAGUGGAUUUUCCUGAUGCCUCUGCUCUCCACAGGGGGACACUCGUCAUGUGAGAAGUGCUGAUAGGAGUUGCCUAAUUUGCUUCUCUCUUUGUGUUACUUGCUCUCUGUCAUCUUUCUGUUCAAGCACCGAGAAGGAAUUAAGAGACAACUUUGUGCUCAUUUUGGAACCUGCUGGGCAAUAGCAUCAAUUUGUUUGGACCACUGGAAAUAACUACAAGCAGUAUUAUUCGAUAACUUGUGAUUGCUUCUGACUGAAGGAUUUUUGUAGUCUCACCAUCAAAGGGAAUGACAUUAAUUUGUCUUUUCAUACAACACUUGUUGCUAUUUCUCCUCCAUCAGUAACUUAUGUCGCUCUCAUGGUCUUCAGGAUUAGAAAAAAAUUAACAUUUGUGUUUGAUUUCUUUUUCUUUGGACUUUCAUAGUGGUUUUAAAUUUUUAUUUUAGAAAGGAUUUCCAAACUCUCAAAUACAGACACUGAAAUCCUCAGUGUAUUAUCUCUUGUUUAUUUUUUGCACUACACUCAAUGAUGUCUUGGACACGAAAUUAUUUUUCUACUGGUCGAGGAGGCACGCAGGAGAUGUUCACUCCACGUAAUUCCAUAUCCAUAGCUCCAAGCAAAGGCCUGAUUAAUGAACCAGGACAAAAUAGCUGCUUCUUAAACAGUGCACUGCAGGUAUUGUGGCACUUAGACAUUUUCCGACGGAGCUUCCGACAGCUGACGACACACAAGUGCAUGGGAGACUCUUGCAUAUUUUGUGCGCUUAAGGGAAUUUUUAACCAGUUCCAGUGUAGCAGCGAGAAGGUGUUGCCCUCAGAUGCGCUUCGCAGUGCCCUUGCUAAGACGUUUCAGGAUGAGCAGCGCUUUCAGCUGGGUAUUAUGGACGAUGCAGCGGAAUGCUUUGAAAACCUCCUUAUUCGCCUUCACAUUCACAUUGCGGAUGAAUCUAAAGAAGACAUCUGCACUGCUCCGCACUGCAUCCCCCAUCAGAAGUUUGCAAUGACGUUGUUUGAACAGUGUGUUUGUACUAGCUGUGGCGCCACAUCAGAUCCGCUGCCGUUCAUUCAGAUGGUGCAUUACAUUUCCACCACUGCACUCUGCAACCAAGCAAUAUGUAUGCUGGAGAGAAAACAGAAACCAACCCCAGAUAUGUUUGGGGAACUGUUGCAGAAAGCGAGUACCAUGGGAGAUUUGAGGAACUGCCCGAGUAACUGCGGAGAAAAGAUCAGAAUUCGCCGGGUGCUCAUGAACGCUCCUCAGAUCAUUACCAUUGGGCUGGUGUGGGACUCUGAUCAUUCAGACUUGGCUGAAGAUGUCAUCCACAGUCUUGGAACUUGUCUGAAGCUCGGAGAUUUGUUUUACAGAGUAACAGAUGACCGGGCAAAACAUUCAGAGCUGUAUUUGGUUGGAAUGAUCUGUUAUUAUGGGAAACAUUAUUCCACUUUCUUUUUGCAAACCAAGAUUCGCAAAUGGAUGUACUUUGAUGAUGCUCAUGUGAAAGAGAUUGGCCCAAAAUGGAAAGAUGUGGUGACAAAAUGUAUAAAGGGACAUUAUCAGCCACUACUACUCUUGUAUGCUGAUCCUAGGGGUACCCCGGUGUCUGUGCCAGAUGUUUUAUCUCAGAUGGAUCUACGUCAGUAUAGUAGAAACUGCUAUGACAGCGAAGACUCUGGCAGGGAACCGUCCAUCUCUAGUGACACCAGGACGGAUUCCUCCACUGACAGUUACCACUACAAGCACUCGCACCAUGAGUCUGUGGUCAGUCAUUUCUCCUCUGACUCUCAGGGUACAGUGAUCUACAACCUGGAGAGCGAUGCAGCAUCGCAAAGUAGCAGAGAUACAGGGCACUUGACGGAUAGCGAGUGCAAUCAGCGGCACUUCUCUAGGAAAGGGCCUUUGGCAGACCGGAAGAGAAGCUCCAGUCGUCCUCGACGAAAAGGAGAUGAGUCUCAAUCUUCCGGCUAUCACAGUGAAGGUGAGACCUUAAAAGAAAAGCAAGCUCCCAGAACUGGUUUGAAACUGUCCAGCAGUUCAAGCAGACUAAGAGACUUUAAAGCGACUGUUAGCAAUAUGAUCCACAGCAGACCUUCGCAAGCGUCACAGACAUCACAGAGCUUGCACCAUGUGGUGAAUGCUUUGGAUCAAGCAGAGGUCAAGCCUCCUACAAGUCUGGCGGUGCGACCCCGUGAUUGGGACAUAGAAAGCCCAAACAUUGAGACAAAGUCCAGCUUAACCAAUAGGUAUCGACCAACAUGGCGCCCUACACGUGAGCCGCUAAAUGUAGAUAGUGUCUUAAGAACGGAAAAGAGGAAAAUAACUGCAUAUUGUCCGCUCAGCCCCUUCUCUGAAGACUCAGCAAAAGAAUUGACAAUCAACGAGUUACGAGAAGCGACCAACCCUGAUACAAAGGAAAAGCACCAGUGUGUGAAAUACAGGAGCUGGGGCAUAGGACGAGGCGCCCAACACAUUCUAGAUUACCAGCAGCCGCGUCUUAUCCAGAGAAUGGAGUCUGGCUAUGAGAGCAGUGAGCGUAACAGCAACAGCCCAAUCAGCAUGGACCUGCCUUUGUCAGAAAACUGUAGUGCAUUCCGGGAAUAUCACUCAAGGAAAAGUCCCGGUACAGCUCCUACCUGGAGAAACAUCCCAAAAUCCCAAAGCAGCAGUGCGUUAGAUAUGGCGGAUUCUGCCUCCAGUGUCUGGGUGAAGGUUCAUCCAUCACAUGUGGCAGUAGAUGUUCCAGCACCUUCCAAGACUGAACUAGACGAACUCCAAGAGGAAGUGGCGCGGCGGGCGCGGGAGCAUGACUUGCGUAGGAAGCGCGAGAAGGAGCUUGAAGCUGCAAUGGGAUUCAAUCCACGACCUCGGCGCUUUUUAGAUUUGGAUGAAUUACAGAAUCAGGGAAGGAGUGACAGCUUUGAGCGAUCCGUGCAGGAUGCAGACUCUGUAUUUGAGCAGUCACUGAGGCUGGAACAGAAGGGAGAUUACACCUCAGCACUGGGCCUGUGUAAUGAAGCAAUUUCUAAAUUCAGACUUGCCAUGCAUGAUGCCAGAACUAGCACUCACUACAGAACCCUAGCAGAUAAGAAGCUGCAAAUCUGUUUACGAAAAGCACGGAGUCUUCAGGACCGCAUGCAGCUGCCGGCCAUUCCUCAACCACCAUCAGUUUACCCCUUUCCACAGGGGGGAGCUAUAAUUCACAGCACAAGUGACCAGGAUAUCUCGGACCAAAUUCCAAUGAACAGACAGAUACUGCUGGAGACAAAAACAAAGGAGGACUUUGUGUCUACUCCAUUAUUCCACCCGUACAAUUCCAGCCAUGAGUUGCUUCCAUCGUCCUCUGAGUCUUCCAACAUGUCCGCUUCUGAGCAUAGCCCACUUAGUGAAACAUCAUCAAACUUCCUUGCUCCAUCUACAGAACUUGACUCCAGAGGUCCUUUUUCAUCUCCUCAGCCAAGAAUCAAUGAAAAAGUGGUAAGAACAGAGGAAAGUAGCCAAGUACUUCAAAACAACUCUUUAACUGAGAAGAUAAGUCCUGAAAACAAUAAGGUGGCCGGAGAGCAUGAAGGAAAAAAGGGUCUUCUGACACUGCGCAAGAUGAAACUAAAUGGAAUGAAGUCUGGUUCUUUACCAUCACUGUUAUUUCCGUGGGCAGGUCGCACGCAAGCUCAGUCUCCUGACAGAAGCAAUCCACCAAACCAUUGUAACAAAUCAGUUAGUACUCAAGAAGUUAUUUCAAGCGAUGAUCAGGUCGGGUCCUGUAGCAUCACACCAGUCACUCCACCUGGUCCCACCAAUCUUAACCUGCAAUCAGCUAAUAUGUUUUCAAGAGUGAACAGCCAUGAUACUUUAUUAGACAAGCAAUGCGAAACUAAGAAUACAGAACCAGGCAGAGUUGAGGCACCAAAGAGUAAGGGGCUGGUGCGCUCGCUAGCAGAACAGUUUCAAAGGCUUCAGGGGAGCUCACCAAAGAGAAGCAGCCUUGGAGUCAACUGCACUGGUGUUGACACUUCAGAACUAAGGACUUCACCAGUGCAAAUGCAGGAAUCAUUGAAUCGUUCAGACACUGAGUGUAUUUCACAACCCUUAGUAAGUCCGGAAAAAGAACCCAGCUGCAGAGAGGAGACAUUAACUGCAAAUGGUUCCAAUGUGCAUAGUAUUAAUGGUCAGAACACUGGGUCUCACAUGGAAGAAAUACCUGGAAGGGUUGUAGAUAAAGGCAUUAAAACUUCAUUUAGCCAAGGAAAACUUUUCUACAAAGGAGAAAAAAAGGUGAAAUUUGGAAGCACUGUUCAUUUGCCUGCCUCUAUGCCUACAGACCAGUGGGUUGAUAAUGUCACCAGAUAUUACAGUGCUCAGGUACCUGGUACAAGUGAUGAGCGCCAUGCUUACCAGACUUUGUCCCCUGGCUCAAAGUCACUAAGGGAUGGCUUGACAAGGAGCUCAAUAGAUCUGCACCAAGACUGGAAGAAGGAAACGGAAAAUGAGUUUUCAGAGUUAUAUAAGAACAGCCUUAAGUCUUGUCAGAGCAGUAGGAAUGUGCAGUGGAGGCCUGAGAAUGCCAGACAAUCAUUUGGAAAGUCACUUUUGGACAUUACUACGGUGGGGAAGAUACCACCUGCUGUUGGCCAUGGUCUGUCAAGGACUCCCACAGCAGAGAUUGAGCGCAAUCUCUGUGGAAGCUCUUAUUCGCCUAUGUCUAAGGUCACUCAUGGGAGGGACAAAAUUAGGGAGCCUGAAGACGACGAGCUGUACAGUGCAGAGAAUUUCCGGCGCCUGGCACGGAGCCUUAGUGGCACAGUCAUCAAUAGCAAAGAAGAGACGCUGGUCUCUUCUCAAAGUUUUGAGGCAUCCAAUGAGAGGAACCCACUUUCGGACAGCAGCCAUCGCUCUCACAGCUCCUCCUCCCACCCUUAUACCCACAAUCCUUCUGUCUUAUCCUAUGAACCCCAGCACCACCCAUCCCAGCUGCAGCACCCAUCCCAUGAGGUACUGGCGCCCAGCAUGGUGGGUGAGGCACACAGGCCACCAGGAGGUUCGAACUCCCAAAAGCUUUUGGCUCUGCCUGACAGGAGUGAAACUCUCCGAGGUAACGAAUACCCAAGUAUGGCACUGAGCUACGCAACUCUUCCAAGAACACCUAGGCUAAAAGCUUCAAUGUCCCAGAAAUCUUACGUUGAUGCACGGCAACACUCUGGCACUGGGGAACAGUGUGUCCCGAAUCAUCGUCAAUGGCAGGGUCACAUAGCUCAGGCAACAGAUAAAUCGGCAAUGAAUUCUGGCCUCAUGUGUUCACUUGGCAAUAGACCACAAGCUGACCUGUUUCAGAAAUCUACAGGGUACAGAGGUUACGAGUCUUACAAUACAAAUCACAGGCCACUGAACAGUGUAGAUUAUUGUACCUUACGAAUGCCGCAUAACUCUUCCAUGGACAGGAGGGUUACACGGGGAAAUUCUCUGGCCCAGCCUAGAAUUCAAGGUCCGAAAAGAGUGGAUAUGCCACCUGAAGAAGACUGGAGACAGAACAGUUUUGCUCCUCAAGCGGGUAAUAGACGUUCUCAUCUGGCAUACUCUCCUCACAGGAACUAUUUAACUGCUUCUGAGGUUUAUGGGAAUAACAACUGGAGAACGGCGCCUACUUUUCAUAGAAAUGGGCGGUAAUCUCUCUGUGCCCAGUCAGCCAGCCUAUCAUGGAAAUAUGUUUCCUUAAAGUAACUACUGCCAGAUUUGUAGCUUUUACCAUAGUUCCGAGCCUUGUAUAGCAAAGAAAGUUUUUGUAUAAUGUGUGUACCAGUGUUGUCUUAACACCUUUUUGAGCCUGUGGAAAGUCACAUUGUAUAUUCUGUGUUAGAUUUGGAACCUUAAUUGUUACUUGAGAGUGCCAGUCUGUUCUAGGAAGGCAUUGCAGUGAACUCUGUGGGUUCUGUUCUGGGAAUACAGGUAUACAAAGGUUGCAGCCACUUUUGAGUUGCUGUCCGAUCUUUCUUCCGCAUUACCAUAACAAGAACAAAUUUUCUGCAUUUUCAGUAUGGUGCUCUUUCAGCAAUAACUGCUUAGGGGACAAUUUAAAGUUGUACAGAUUGUGUUUACCAACUAUAUUUUGCAAUGCCCAAACCAAGUACAUAAAAUUAAGAAUUUUAGAAACCACUGCCGUUGCCGUCUCAGAACCUACUUCAGUUAGCAAUAGUCAUAUGUUGCAGUGGUGUUAAAUGAAACCUUUUUGUUAUAUGUCCGUUCCUUUUUGGUGAAUAGAUGACCAGGGUUCCAUAUACGUUACCUUAACCCAUGCACUGCAGUUCUGCGGAACAUAUAUUUUUUUUCUGGAUCUCCCAAAACUUUUCCUUAAUCUCAGCACUUAGAACAAAAACCAGCGCAAAGCCUUCUAGUCUGAGGGCUAGAGCUAUUAGAUGAAGAGAAAUAAUAUAUAUAUAUAUAUAAAUAUUAUAUUAUGUGCAGAUAGUUAAGCACAAACCUUGACUACUGUAAAGGAGGUAAGGGACACGGGGGCAAAGCCACGGUUGUUUUUGAUUGCCCACUCCCCCCUUACAUUCCCUCCAGUAACUGUAGCAAUGCUUAUAACAGAAGACUGUUAUUACUGCAUGCUUAACCCACUAUUGUUAACAGCUAGAAAAUGAAAUAUUUUAGUGUCAAAAUAUCUGCUUUUGUAAGUAUUUUUCAAAUAAAUAUAUAAAUAGUUCUAUUAAACAGCAGAAACAA